UCACAGUUAAGGCACUACCACAAACUACUACAACCAGUCAACCAGCAGUCAACCACUUCCUUACCAUCUGUUCCUGCAGAUCUCAUCACUUCUCUUCAGAAACAUGGCUGCUGAAGCUGUUCUGUCUUCCGUUCUUAGUGUUGUUUUUGACAGGAUGUCCUCCCCUGAAGUUGUUAACUGGAUCAAAGGGAAGAAGCUUACUCAGAACCUGAUUGAAAGGUUGAAGACUAAUCUUUAUGCUGUUCGAGCCUUUCUCAUCGAUGCUGAGCAGAAGCAGAUCAAGGAAAGACCUGUCAAGGACUGGCUUGAUAGUCUCAAAGAUGCCAUGUAUGUUGCUGAUGACUUGCUCGAUGAAGUCUUCACCAAAGCUGCCACUCAGAAGGAUCCAGGUACCUUCCUCUCUCGUUUCUCUGGUAUUCUCAAUUUGCAAGAUCGGGAUGUAGCAAACAGGAUGGAGGAAGUGAUUGAUAGGAUAGAGUCUCUUGUGAUUCAAAAAGACACUCUUGGUCUGAGAGAGAUUCCUAAGGAGAACAUGUCAUGGAGGAUCACUACAUCUCUAGUUGAAACAUCUGAUGUAUGUGGCAGGGAAGAAGACAAGGAGGCCAUACUAAAACUGUUGUUGGAUGAUGAUAGUGAUGAUGAUACUGGUGGUCAGAGUGAUGUAUCUGUGAUUCCCAUUGUCGGCAUGGGUGGGAUAGGAAAGACUACUUUGGCCCAAUUGGUUUACCAGGAUGACAAAGUGAAGGAGCAUUUUGAUUUUCAAGCUUGGAUUUGUGUGUCAGAAGAGUUUGAUGUUUUCAAGGUCACCAAGACUAUAAUCGAGGCAAUAACUAAAAGUUUUUGCAGCUUGACAGAUUUGAAUUUGCUUCAGCAUGAUUUGAAAGAAAAGUUGUCAAGGAAAAAGUUCUUUGUUGUCUUGGACGAUGUAUGGAGUGAAAGUUACGAAGAUUGGGAUAAACUUCUCAAACCUUUUCGAAAAGGGGUUAAGGGAAGUAAAAUUCUCAUAACUACUAGAAGUAAAAGAGUGGCUUCUGUGGUGCAAACUGUUUCACCAUAUGAACUAAGCUUAUUGUCUGAGGAAGAUUGUUGGUUAGUGUUUUCAAAAUACGCACGUCUCUCAACUUGUUCUAUGGAGAAUCCAACCUUGAAAAAAGUUGGCAAAGAUCUUGUAAAGAAGUGUGAUGGAUUGCCCUUGGCAGCUCAAGCCCUUGGAGGCUUAUUGCGUGGAAAUUCUGAUAUCAAGUAUUGGAAUCAUUUAUUGAAGAGUGAGAUCUGGGAACUCUCUGAUGAUAAGAUAAAGGUUGUUCCCGCAUUAAGAAUCAGUUAUUACUAUCUUCCUUCAUAUUUAAGGGAGUGCUUUGUUUUUUGUUCUUUGUAUCCCAAAGACUAUGAGUUUAGCAAAGACGAAUUGAUAUUGCUAUGGAUGGCAGAGAAUUUUUUGCAACCAGUAGGAAAAAAGACUCCAGAAGAAGUUGGUGAUGAAUAUUUUGAUGAAUUGAUUGCGAGAUCAUUUUUUCAACCUUCUAAGAUUCGUGAAAACAAGUUUGUGAUGCAUGAUCUGGUGCAUGAUUUGGCAAUGAUAUUUGCUGGAGAAUUCUAUUUCAGAGCUGAAGAGCUUGAGAAUGCAGUUGAGGUUGAUAUUAAAACUCGCCAUUUGUCACAUAAUGCCAAAGGCAAUUAUCCAAUCUCAAAACUUUUGGGAGUUUGUGACCGAGUAAAACACACAAGGACAUUUCUUGAAAUCAAUUUGGAGCGAGAGAUUCCAUUUAACAUGGAAAAUGCACCAUGUAUCUUGUUGUCAAAGUUGAAGUACCUGAGGGCUUUGUCGUUCAAAUGCUUUCCUCUUGAGUCAUUGCCUGAUUCAAUAGGCGAGUUGAUUCAUUUGCGUUACUUGGAUUUGUCUAACAGCGACAUCAUGACAUUGCCCGAUACACUUUGCAACUUGUACAAUUUACAGACAUUGAAGCUGUUUGGAUGUUGGAAACUAAACGCCCUUCCUGUUGGCAUGAAAGAUCUUACAAAUUUGCGUUACCUUGAUAUUAGGGAGACUCGUUUGCAUGAGAUGCCGGAAGGCAUGAGCAAAUUGACAAGUUUGCAGGUUUUAAGCAGCUAUGUUGUUGGGAAGCGUGAAGGGAACAAGAUUAAUGAAUUGGGAAUACUUGCAAAUCUACACCAAACAAUUUGGAUUGAGAAAUUGGAGAAUGUGGUCAAUAGCAGCGAAGCAUUGGAGGCAAGAAUGUUUGAAAAGGAUGGCAUUGAAUCUUUGAUCUUGAUGUGGUCGCCAGAUGAAUACGAGAAUAUAGUUGAUUCCCAGAUUGAAAGAGAUAUACUUGAAGAGUUACGACCUCAUAGUAAUUUGAAAAAACUAGAUAUUUGUGGUUACAGGGGUACAACAUUUCCAGAUUGGUUGGGACAUUGUUCUUACCGCAACAUCACCCAAAUAACACUGGGCGAUCUUCUUUCGGGUUAUUUCAAGAAUUGUUGUAUGCUUCCUUCACUUGGACAGUUGCCCUCUUUGAAGCACCUGGAUAUUGCAAAGUUUGAAAGGCUUCCUAUUGUGGGGGAUGAGUUUUACCGAAAUGAUGAAUCUUGUGUGGAGACUCCAUUUCCAAUGCUUGAAACUCUUACAUUUCAGUCAAUGCCAUGCUGGGAGGAAUGGCGUUCAUUGGAGUUCAAUGCAUUUCCUCGACUUAGGAAGCUUAUCAUAUGGGAUUGUCCCAUGUUGAGAGGAGAUUUGCCAAAUCAACUACCAUCUUUGGAAGAUCUUACUAUUCACAAUUGCGAGCAGCUCAGCAGUUGUGUUCCAAGAGCUUCUGGGAUUACCUGUUUACGCAUAGAAGGAAACAAAGAAGUGAGAAUUGGGGAGCUACCUCCUUUGCUGGAUAAGCUAUCAAUUACUGGAAAGCAUCAAGCGGAGUCGGUGAUGGAGGCCAUUGCGCACACCCAACUCACUUGCCUCAGAUCUUUAAUCAUCUCAAAUUGUUCAUCCCACGUAUUGUUUGCAGUUAGUAGUAUUCCCGCAUCACUACAACAGCUGACGAUAUCGAAUUGCAAAAAAUUAGAAUUCGAAAUGGAAGGCCAACACCACUCAUUGCAUGAUCUAACGAUAUAUAACAGCUGUGAUUCGGUUACAUCCUUCUCGCUGGAUUCCUUUCCAAAUCUCGAGCGUGUUCAAAUCAGGGAGUGUGAAAAGAUGGAGUCUCUCGUGGUGUCACGCUCUCUUUCAUGUCUCCGUUCUUUAGUGGUAGAGAAUUGUGGGAGUUUGAAAUCCCUGCAGACGCUAUGGAUGGCAUCACCUCAGCUAGAAUAUCUCACAUUACGUGGUUGCCCAGAGAUUGAUUUGUCUGCUAUAGGGGAUCCACAGCGUAGCUUGAGAUCUCUUAGCAUCAGCUACUGCGAGAAACAACUCAGCUGUGUAGCAUCGCAGUUUGAUGGGCUUACUCAUCUUUAUAUUAAAGGUGAAAAUGAGAGUGUGAAGUGUCUCCCUAAGGAAGGUUGGUUGCCUGCCACCCUUGAGUCUCUCAGACUGGAUGGCAUUAAAAGUGUGGAGAUGUUGGAAUGCAAGGGACUUGCCCACCUCAUCUCCCUCCAACAAUUAUCUAUUAAUUAUUGUUACAAUUUGGAGAACAUUGACGGAGAAAAGCUGCCUGCCUCUCUGUUACGACUCAGCAUAUCUGAAAGCCCUUUGGGUAAACGGUGUGAGAUGAAGGACCCGCAGGUUUGGCCCAAAAUUUCCCACAUCCCCGCCAUUCAAGUUGGUGGAAGAUGGAUUUGGUAAUCCAACAACUUCAACAGCUUUUCCAACAAGAGAUAACUUCUGCAGUUACGAUUUUGCUUAUGGUGCAUCAAUAAUAUUCAAUCAUUGUAAUACUCACAGGAAUUCUGAGAAACAAGACAAUGAUAAUAACUGCAACAGAGGAAGAUUCUUGAGGACAAAAGUGGUUAGGAAACCUCAUGACUAAAGUGAAAGCAACUAAGCAAUCAGGGACAAUCAUGGACACAAUCCAAGAGAUUCAAGAGUGGCAUGACACACUGAUUGAUAUAGAGAGCAGCCUCAAUGAGCUUCAUCAAGUGUUAUUGGACAUGACUGUUUUGGUCCAAUCACAAGGUAAGCAACUCAAUGACAUAGAGAGCCACGAGUCAAAAGCCAAUUCGUACGUGCGGGUCCGGCAGUUUCAGUUUGCAAGGAAGCACCAGAAGAAUACCGGAAGUCCAUCUUCAUUGCCAUCAUAAUAUUGAUUUAUUAUAUUGAUUAUAGUCCUUAUUGAUCAUUAUCAUAUUUACCUUUUGAAUUUCGGUUCAUGUGUAUGUUGCACUCUAAAAUUCUUCCAAACCAUCUGAUAAUAAAUUUCAUGCGCAUGAACUAAAGUUUAGCAGUUAAAUAUAGUUUUGCUUUAGUUAAUGGGAUAUUGAUUGGUGGCUAUGAACUAAUUGGAGUAAUUCAAAACCUUAUCAAGAGAAAUCAGGUCAACAUAUUCUGUCACUGUGUCACAUAACCAUUGCAUUGUGAAAUAAUACCUUGUUUGUUUUACUGAACCUACCAAUUUCAAGAUUGAGACUCUCAUGUUCAUGGUCUGGAAGGUUAUACUUGUGAAAUAAGAGUGGCAAAAAUUCACAAAUGAAACAGUACAACACCAAUGAAAUGAAAAGUAUAUGCAAUUCAGAAAAUGGUUAAACAAUGAAAAGGGAAUGAAUUAAGAUGAUGAUGAAGACAAUCUUGAAGAAUGCCAUCAAUCUGUCCACUUGCAUUCACUAACCUUCUCCAUUAGUUGACAGCAGCUCCUUAUUAUUGGGGUUUAAUUCAUCAAUACCCACUCUAAUCUCUUUUGAAUGCAUGUAUUUUGUUUUUUGGGAUUU